AUUUCGUUCUCCUCUAAACACGCCCCCGGGGCUGCGUGUUAGUCGCUCGUAUACGCCCGAGAAAUAAAUAGAAGUUCACCAUUAAUCUGUACGACCGAGAAAAAAAAAGAAAUCCCAAAUUACACAAGAAAACGGAAGAAUGAGGAAGGAAAAUGGUCUCAAUUGAGGGGGAAGAUGCAGGGUAAUGGUAAGCGAUAUGUCGCAUAAUCAAGAUUUAUCUGUUUUUAAUGCGGUAGUUUUUAUCACGAGAGGUGGGGGAUUUGGCUAGCGCGAGUAUCAUUUUUCUUUCAUCUGAUUUUGCAACCUGUAGAUUUUUUGGGUACUGGUAUGUAGUGUUUUUCUAAGCGUUUAGAUUUUAGAUGAAAUUAUUUGGUGUUAUAUAAUGGUGGGGAAAUCACUUAUGUAGGUCUCCUUUAGCUGUUGCAGGACACACUUUGAAUGGAGGGGUCUAGGGUUUUUGAUUGAGGGGUCUAGGGUUUUGGGUGCUUUGGAGGCUAGGGUUUUGGGUGAAGUGUUAGAUUGUGCCACUUGUUUUUGAACCGGCAGGCUUAUUCGCACUCGCAGUGAAUAAUUGGGGUUUGGGUCUGUGUUUGGAUGAUGAGGACCGGUGUCAGUUGGCUCGGGCCGAUGUCUGGUUUCAGGGGGUAAUUUGAUGCAGAAGCCUAUACCAAUUAUUUUUACUAGUGUUAGGGUUUGUAUUGGGAUGUAACGGGCGUAACCAUACAGUGGAAUUUUGUGGCAAUUUACGGUGCAGUAGCAUAAUUUGCAAUGGGUCUCGUUUGCAGGGGUGAAGAAUUAUCUGUGGCUGGUGUGAUUGGUUAGUAGCAGAGAAACAGAAUUGAGUCUUUUAAGGAAACAAAACAUGGAUGGGUCUCAGAAUAGCAGUACGAGCAAUGCUCCUCCUCCUUUUCUUACCAAGACUUAUGAUAUGGUGGAUGACUCGUCGACGGACUCGGUUGUGUCAUGGAGCCCUAGUAAUAACAGUUUCAUCGUUUGGAAUCCUCCUGAAUUUGCUCGAGAUCUGCUGCCAAAGUAUUUUAAGCACAACAACUUUUCCAGCUUCGUGAGACAACUUAAUACAUAUGGUUUUCGCAAGGUUGAUCCAGAUAGAUGGGAAUUUGCUAAUGAAGGUUUUCUUAGAGGUCAAAAACAUUUGCUAAAAAAUAUUAAUAGGCGAAAGCCUACCCAUAGCCAUACCCAGACACAACAGCAACAAGGACAGGCGUCUUCUGUAGGUGCAUGUGUUGAGGUUGGCAAAUUUGGUCUGGAAGAAGAAAUUGAGAGGCUUAAGCGGGAUAAGAAUGUGUUGAUGUCAGAACUAGUUAGACUUAGGCAGCAGCAGCAGUCAACAGAUCUCCAGCUACAGACAAUGGGUCAGCGCCUUCAAGGUAUGGAGCAAAGGCAGCAACAGAUGAUGUCAUUCUUGGCAAAGGCUAUGCAAAAUCCUGGAUUUCUAGCACAACUUGUCCAACAGAAUGAAAAUAAUAUCCGGAUUGCAGCAGGGAACAAGAAAAGGCGAUUACCCAAGCGGGAGGUAAACUCACAGGGUGGACGGGAUGUACCUCCAGAUGGCCAGAUUGUAAAAUACCAACCCUCUUUAAAUGAUGCUGCCAAAGCCAUGUUCAUGCAAAUUUUCAACAUCGACCCAUCUAGCAAAUUGGAAUCAUCAUCAAAUGGAAUGGAAAAUUUGUUUCUUGAAGCUGGGCGUUUAUCUGGUGAAUCAAUUGAGAAUGGAGGUGGAAGCUCCCAAAGUAAACAUUCUGGUGUAACUCUCACAGAGAUGCAAGCAACAUCAGGAUUUUCCGAUAUUUGUGUUUCGCCAGACAUCUCCAAUGUUUGUGCAUCUUCAGCACUAUCAAAGCUGCACUGCUCAGCUGGAUUGCCAGAGAUAGCUGUUUCAUCAGCGUUGCCUGAGAUGGUUGCAUCUUCAGGAUUGCCCAACAUGCAGUCAUUUUCUACCUUGGCAGAACCAAUUGUUCCAUGUACAAGAGUAGAUUUUCCCUCUUCUCAACUUGAUUUACCUCAAAUAGAAAGCCUGGCAUCUGUUAAUCCCAAUGGCAGUCUUCCCAGUGGAGAGUACAUGGUUCCUCAAGCAGAUAGCAAUGAUGUUAAUCCAGAACAAAUAGCUAUGGACAUGGAACUACCUAUUGAUGCAGAUAAUUUUUCCGCAGAGGGUAAUGUAGAUAUUGAAUUUGAUGGUGAUGAUAUUUUAUCAGGUAUGAAUGAUGAUGGCUUCUGGGAACAAUUUUUUACAGAGAGCCCAGAUUCAGGGGAUACAGAAGAAGUUGAUUCUGAGAUGAAUGAUAAUCUUAAGAAGGACCAAGUUGAAAAACCACAUGAAGAUGGAAAUUGCCACAGUAGGCAAAACAUGGAUGAUCUUACAGAACAGAUGGGACAGCUGGCAUCGGAUUCAAAACCCACGAAUUUGUAACUCUAGGCUUGGAUAGAUGUGGAGGUAUAUCUAAUAUUUUUUGUAGUUUUAGUAGGAAACAUAUAAGAUACCCACAAAAGAUUGCAUAUGUUUCUGGACGAGAGGUUUAAGAACAAAACACAAGCAAUUUUUACUCUUGGUACACAGAUUUUAAUGUCAUUCCUUUCUUAGGCAUUUAUAAAAUGGUUUCAAGGAGUGUCACAAA